CACAGUACGCCAAUAGCGUAGAUUCUUGCGGUGACGCAGAAUCCGUUAGUUGGAAACACUUGGUGGCGCAGUCGGCGGGAGUAAAGUGCCUUCUACUGAAGUCCUUAGUGGGGAGGAAGGUUCUGGAAGGGCCAACGGCAGUUGGGAGAGGGGGAGCAGGUGGCUAAGUAGUUCCAGCGAGCUGAGGAUCUUCACGUAGUUCUAGGGAUAAUGAGGGAGGUCAGCGGCUUUUCUGCUUCGUGUCUAACGAGGACAGACUUAAGCAGGCACGGCAGAAAUGCGAGCGAGAAUGUAUACGAGGUUAUGAAGCCUGCGUUGAGAGCUCCAGCUACGCUUGCUCUUCUGCCAAAUCUAGCAGUACCGAGAGGAGGGCAGGGGAAGCGAGCCUGCGCGGAAGAGGGGACUAAGAGGGAAAAGGAGCAGUUCCGUAAACUGUUCAUUGGUGGCUUAAGCUUUGAAACAACAGAAGAAAGUUUAAGAAACUACUAUGAGCAAUGGGGAAAGUUAACAGAUUGUGUGGUAAUGAGAGACCCUGCAAGUAAACGCUCACGAGGAUUUGGUUUUGUAACAUUCUCUUCCAUGGCUGAAGUUGAUGCAGCAAUGGCUGCCAGACCUCAUUCAAUUGAUGGAAGAGUAGUUGAGCCUAAAAGAGCUGUAGCCAGAGAGGAAUCUGGAAAACCUGGGGCUCAUGUUACUGUGAAAAAGCUCUUUGUUGGUGGAAUUAAAGAAGAUACUGAAGAACAUCACCUUAGAGACUACUUCUCAGAAUAUGGAAAAAUUGACACAAUUGAAAUAAUAACAGACAGGCAAUCUGGUAAAAAGAGAGGUUUUGGAUUUGUAACUUUUGAUGACCAUGAUCCUGUGGAUAAAAUUGUGUUGCAGAAAUAUCAUACAAUUAAUGGUCAUAAUGCAGAAGUUAGAAAAGCUUUAUCCCGGCAAGAAAUGCAAGAGGUUCAGAGCUCAAGGAGUGGACGAGGAGGUAACUUUGGCUUUGGAGACUCGCGUGGAGGUGGUGGAAACUUUGGUCCAGGACCAGGAAGUAACUUCAGAGGUGGAUCUGAUGGCUAUGGUGGUGGUCGUGGGUUUGGUGAUGGAUACAAUGGAUAUGGAGGAGGACCAGGAGGUGGUAAUUUUGGAGGCAGUCCUGGUUAUGGAGGAGGAAGAGGAGGCUAUGGUGGUGGAGGACCUGGUUAUGGCAACCAGGGUGGGGGCUAUGGAGGUGGCUAUGACAAUUAUGGAGGAGGCAAUUAUGGAGGUGGAAAUUACAAUGACUUUGGAAACUACAACCAGCAGCCCUCAAAUUAUGGUCCAAUGAAGAGUGGAAAUUUUGGUGGAAGCAGGAAUAUGGGGGGACCAUAUGGUGGAGGAAAUUAUGGUCCUGGAGGAAGUGGAGGAAGUGGGGGAUAUGGAGGGAGGAGUCGUUAUUGAACUUCUGUAAGCUUUUCAUGGGCUUCACUGUAUAAAUAGGAGAGGAUGAGCCCAGAGGUAACAGAACAGCUUCAGGUUUUCGAAAUAACAUUGUUAAGGAAACACUUAUCUCAGACAUGCAUAAAUAUGCAGUGAUAUGGCAGAAGACACCAGAGCAGAUGCAGAGAGCCAUUUUGUGAAUGGAUUGGAUUAUUUAAUAACAUACCUUACUGUGGAGGAAGGAUUGUAAAAAUGCCUUUGAGACAGUUUCUUAGCUUUUUAAUUGUUGUUUCUUUUUAGUGGUCUUUGUAAGAGUGUAGAAGCAUUCCUUUGAUAAUGUUAAAUUUGUAAGUUUCAGGUGACAUGUGAAACCUUUUUUAAAGAAUUUUCUCAAAGUUUCGAAAAGCUAUUAGCCAGGAUCAUGGUGUAAUAAGACAUAACGUUUUCCUUUUAAAAAUUUAAGUGCGUGUGUAGAGUUAAGAAGCUGUUGUACAUUUAUGAUUUAAUAAAAUAAUUCUAAAGGAAAUGUUGUGUAAUUAUAGAUUUAUUUUAAAUACAUUGUAAAUUAAGGCAAGGAGUGGGUAGUAGAAGGUCCCACAAAUACUAUAAAGUCGUUUGUUGUACAUGUAAAAUGCUGGUCAGAUAAUGUUUUCUGUAAAUCACCAGGUUUAAAAUACCUAGAUAACUUAAGGGAUAUCUCUGCAAGGAGAAACACCUUUUUAGAUCUUUUAGAUGCUGCUUCUUCAAUGGCAAGGAAAGGAAAUAUCCCCAGCGAGGUACUCUUCCAGGGACACAGGUCUAGUGCAAGAGAAGUCUUGAGAACGGCACUAAGUUCAGCCAGUCUUAAAAAGCUGUGCUGUACUUCUGCAAAGCUUUAACUGCAGUAGUUUUAAGGAUGCCAACGAAAGCUGAGGGUGUAGAGCAAAAUAGUUCUAAGCUUCAGUUAAACUUCUUUAGGUAAGAUCUUAUUUACUUUUCCUUUCUUAAUAUUCCAAAAACAAGAAACUAAUACUAUAUGACAGUGUACUGUUUCAGUAUAGUGGUUAUAUUAUCUAGUUUAACAUAGCAAUGAACCAAGUUAACAAUUGUUUAUUGGAAAUUUAAGAAUUGUUUUUGUUUGUUUUUGUGGGUGGGUGGUUUUUUGAUUGUUUGUUUUGUUUCUUUUGUGUUAUUUGGUUUGCUAUAUAUUUUCAUUUAUUUUAACUUCAGCUACUUAACCUAUCUUUUCCCCUGCUGGAAUCUAGCUUUAUGCACCAUGGACAACCAAUAGACCUGCUGAGCAAAUGAACCAGCCAAGUGUCCAUUAAUGCUUUGCAAGGGUUUCAUCCCUGCUAUGGUUAGUUAAAAUGGUAUGUUGCAGCUCACUUACAUGAUACAAUUUAAUGUUUUUAUCCUUCAUUCUUCAUUUUCUUGAAAUCCUAAACACUUAAAUGGUGUUUGUAGAAAUACAGCAGUUGUUAGACAUUAAGUGCAGCUGAAAUCCUAUUGCUAUGGCUAAUUCCUAAACUGUAUUCUUAAACUUAUUUGAAAAUAAGAACGUCAGACAUAGGAACCAUUUCCCUUACAGCAUUGUGGUACUCAUUUUUUUAACAAAAGGUUGUGUACAAGGGGUUGUAAAACAUCAGAGGUGGAAUUUGACUCAGCUUAACUCUGUUGGGCUAGGAUGUUCGUGCGUUUUCUCUGAAACUUUGUUAAUGUGUACAGUAUCAGCUUUUACAUUAGAGUAGCAUGGUGUUUGAUUUGGAUAGAUAUAAUGAAAGAAUCAAUCACACAUUUUCAAUGGGUGGGGUGGUCUAAUAUUUGUCUUACCAUUUCUAUUGCUUGAUACAAUCUGCACAUUUUAAAAGCCUGCAUCUGCCUCAUCUGGUUCAUAGCCAUUUACUGAAAUGUUCCUGUAGGUGAUAACAAUGAGGCAUACAUGAAAAAACUUCUUCAGAUACUUUCUUUUUCUUUGGCAGGAAGGUGCCAGGCUGCAGGUAACUAAUGAAGAAGUGGUCAACCACAGAAACUUCAAGAAAUAAGAUAUUUCUAUUGUCAUCACAAAAUAGUUGGUUUUGCUGGUUUUAUUAAAACCUGUUUGGGUUAAAUAAAUACUACUGCAGCCUAUUGUAAUGCUUUUAAAAAUAUAUAAAAUUACAGUUAAAGUUGUUCUUAGAAUUCAGUCUGGUUAGGAAAUCAAGACUAAUGUUAAGACAGUAACACUGUGUCAUAUUUUUUAUAACUGAUAUAAUAAACUUUUAUACAAAAAUA